UACGUGUGCAGGGCUACAUACGCGUAUGGCGAAGGCGUAGACGAUGGGGAAUUACGAUCGAGCGAUGAGUAUAAGAAUGGGGCAUACGAGAUCUGUUUCGUUUCAUCAGCAGCCUGUUCUUAGCAUCGGCUUCUAUCUUACCUUCAUUCGGCAAACAGUCUUUCGUUCUUUGACUCUAUUUGACACUCCGUCUUCACCUCUUGUUCAAGAUGCAUCUCCUCUCCAAAGUCGCCAUCGCCAGUCUAGCCUCCGUUGCCCUCGCCCACCCCGGCGAAGUCCACAAGCACAAUCACGCCGCCGAGUUCGAGAAGCGCAUGUUCAAAGACCAUGCGCGCCGUGGCCUCGCCGCCUGCGCAGAGAAGCUCCAAGCCCGCGGCGGCAUCAUGGAACGCGCAGCCGCCCGCCGCGCCGAACUCGUCUCCAAGCAUCGCAAGGCGCGGGGCCUCGAGGUUCGUGACGCCGAAACUGUUCUUAACACUUCGCAUCUUUCCACCGAGAAUUACACGCCCAAUACUCCCGAGAACGUCAUCUUCGCCAGCAACAAGACCUGCAUCCUGAACCCGGAAGGUGAGACGGGGCCAUACUGGAUCAAAGGAGAGCUCAUUCGUGACAACGUCCGUGAAGACCAGCCCGGCGUACCCAUCAUCAUCGAAGGCCAGUUCCUAGACGUUGAGACCUGCGAGCCGAUUCCCGAGCUCUACUGGGACGUGUGGAACUGCAACUCCACGGGCGUGUACUCCGGGCUCGUCGCCAGCGGCAACGGCAACAGCGACGACCUAUCCAACUACAACGCCACGUUCCUUCGCGGAAUCCAGAAGAGCGAUGCAGACGGCGUUGUGCGCUUCGAAUCCGUUUUCCCGGGCCACUACUCCGGCCGCACGACGCACCACCACAUGAUCGCGCACUUGAACGCCACUGUGCUCCCGAACAACACGCUCACCGGCGGCACCGUCGCGCAUGUCGGCCAGCUGUUCUGGGACCAGGACCUCAUCGAGACCGUCGAAGCCACGUACCCGUACAACCAGAACAACAUCAGUCUCACCACUAACUCUGAGGACCACGUCUUCUCGGCCGAAACCGAGGACUCCAAUUCGGAUCCUGUUUUCGAAUACGUGUACUUGGGCAGCGACCUCCAGGAUGGGCUUUUCGGAUGGAUUACGAUCGGUGUGAACAAGAGUGCGACGUACGAUCCGAACUACAGCUUUGUGUGGACUUCUGCGGGCAGCGUUGCGGAGUCCGGUGGGAGUGGCGGCACAGAUGGUGCGGGAUCUGGAAAUGGAACUAUGCCGACUGGUGCGAUGCCCUCUGGGACGGCUGUUCCAAGCGGGAUUCCCACUUAAACGACAGGCAGUGAAAAGGAACGAGUUGGUGGGAUUUCUUGGUGGUGUGAAGUCUUUUCUUGAUCAUUAGGAACGGUUUGGGAACGCUCCUCGAGGCGCUUUGCUUUCCAGAUUUCUCAUUUUGGGAGAGUUUGUAAAUAGGGAUUUGGGAUACUCCUAGAAUAACAUCGCUUUUGGUGUUCAUCAAAUGCCUUUAUGGUGGAGUACCUAACUACAGUUUAUAAGACUCACAGCGAGUAAAUGAAGCAGAGGGAAUACCG